AUGGCACAGGACUGGGAGUCUGUUACAAACGGACACCAAAUCUAUUGCGAAAUAUUCGGCGUAGAGCGGCCAACCCAUGGCAGUAAAGGUGGUCAAGAUGCCCACAAACAGCAGAUCUCGGUUCCGGAUCGGUUCGAACAGAUUGAUUUGCUGCAGAAUGCGAUUCUAGGCGAUAUACAAGACGAUAUGAUUCCAACGGAGGCGCAGAAUUACAUUUUAGCGCAACAUGCCGAUCUACUGUCUGUAUCGGACACGCAGAGUUUGUCCAGCAACGACGACGGUUCGAUCACUGUCGAAACCGGUUCUCGCAGACCAGCGGCAGUCCCACCUCAGGAAGGCCGGCCACUAAGGCCGGAUCAGCUCUCAAUGCCACCAUCGGCGCAAGAGUCACAACAACCUGCCCUUAAGCUGGCACAGGAACAUGCGCGGCCGCUCCCACCUCCGUUGGAUACCUCAGUGCUCGGUCCCAGAUUGGGGCCUCACAAGUCUGUGGCAACUUCACAGCCGACUAAUUAUUCGCCACAGAGGUCCCACGGCGAUGCUCCUAAACUCAAGUCGUCCUUCAGCCAGCUUUCGAUGGGCGCUACACACGCACAUCCCAAAAAACAGGUUCUCAGUCAUCCUUCUAGCUCCAACUUAGCGGCAGGGGGUCCCAAAAAGUCUCCCCUACAGAGUUUCGGCUUUUUCUCAAGACCGGGCUCCAAGGACUGUCUCGCAGACAAUCAUCACCCAAACGCAAUGAAUUCAGUUCCAGCUGCCGGGUAUAACAACAGCCCAACAUCAAGAUCCAUGUCCUUCACUUCCUCAUCUCUCAAGAAUUUUGCAAGUUCCCUUCAGCAUAAGACCUCGAGUGGUCGGACCGUUUCACAAAAACACCACGCAUCAUCCAAUCCAUUUUACGAGACUCAAUAUCAAAACCAAGUCUACCAUCCGCAUCAUCCUUCUGCCACAACCCAGUCAACAAUGGGCUUGGGCCUCAAAACCAGAAGCUCAUCUGCAUCGCUUAAUAGUUCUCAAACGAACCAAAAUACCAGAAAAAUGAACUCUGGUUCAUCCUUGCAUUUUCAUCGGAAAAGCAGCGCAUCCUUGCAUUCCAAGCCAAUUUUGAGUACAACUUCCAUGAAGAGGCCGCAAGUUUAUCCUGCUAUGCUAUCUCGAGUUGCCACUAGAUUCAAGAAAUCCGUGCAAUUAGGGGAAUACAAAAAAGAUGGUCUUCUAUACAGAGACACAUUCACGGGUCAACAAGCCGUGGAUGUCAUAUGCUCGAUCGUUAGGACAUCUGAUCGAAACCUGGCCCUACUUUUAGGUAGAGCUCUCGAUGCCCAAAAGUUAUUUCAUGACGUUGUCUAUGAACACAGGCUCCGAGACUCUCCUAACGAAGUUUAUGAGUUUACUGGUAACUCACGCAUCAUUGGUGGAGGAUCGACUGGUAUGAUUCCAGCGUCCUCCCAAGACCCACUUUUAAGGGGGUCACAUCAUAUCCAUAUGUCCUCUCAUGCAUCGAAAUCGACACUCGCAACCUCCGUCUCAACUAAUUCUGUUGCCAGUGAAGCUUUCGAGAAACAAAUGGACCCUGCCAAAAUGCACCAAGUCAACGGUGUUUUCACUUUACUUGCGGAAUGUUACGUGCCAACUUGCUCUCGCAAUAAGCUUUGUUACUCCAUUUCAUGCCCCCGCCGUCUCGAGCAGCAAGCUCGACUCAACUUGAAACCAAACUCCGGCCUGAAACGCAACAUUUCGAUGGCCGUUGAUGACGAAGAAGAGGAGAAACCAUCAUGGACAAGUUCCGUUCCUAAGGAAGUAUGGUCAUCACUUUCGAAGAAAGAGAUCAAAAGACAAGAGGCAAUAUAUGAGGUCUUUAUCACGGAAAAGAACUUUGUUAAGUCUCUAGAAGUCAUCAGAGACACAUUCAUGAAAUCGUUAGCUGAGACAAAUAUCAUCGCAGCAGACAUUAGGAAAAACUUCCUCAAACAUGUCUUUGCGCAUGUGAACGAUAUCUAUUCCGUCAAUAGACGUUUCCUGGAUGGUUUAAGUGAUAGGCAAAAAUCUUCCCCGAUCGUUGAAGGCAUUGGUGAUCUUUUCUUAAGAUUUAUUCCAUUUUUUGAACCAUUUGUGAUGUACGUUGCAUCGAGACCAUAUGCAAAGUAUCUUAUAGAAACACAAAGAUCGGUCAAUCCUUAUUUCGCUAGAUUCGACGAGGAUUUAAUGAACUCGUCGCUAAGGCAUGGGAUAGACUCCUUUUUAUCACAGGGUGUGUCAAGACCGGGUCGUUAUAUCCUAUUGGUGCGGGAGAUCAUCAAAUCGUCUGAUCCUGACAAAAACAAGCGAGAUUUAGAAAAUCUGAACAAAGCUCUAGAGGCGCUCCGAGAGUUCAUGACUAGAAUUGAUCGCGCGAGUGGUGCUUCUCAGGAUAGACAUGAUAUCGAGCUUUUAAAGCAAAAGAUUCUAUUCAAGAACGAGUACGUGAAUCUGGGGCUCAACGACGGUAAACGCAAAAUAAAACAUGAGGGUAUCCUUUCAAGAAAGGAGCUGACGAAAUCGGACAGUACCCUUGGCGGCGAUAUCCAAUUUUAUUUGUUAGAUAAUAUGCUGUUAUUUCUCAAAGCCAAGGCAGUAAACAAGUGGCAACAGCAUAAGGUCUUUCAGAGACCAAUUCCACUCCCCCUCUUGUUUGCAUGUGCUGCUGAAGACUUACCACCCAUCAGGAAGUACAUCAACCUUUCGCCUGAAAGUUCGGGGACAGUCAUUCCAAUUGAGGGACACUACAGCAACCCUAGAAAUGCAAUCACCUUCCUGUACUACGGCGCAAAACACAAGUACCAAGUUACACUGUACGCCGCGCAAUACGCGGCGAUGCAAACACUUUUGGAAAAAAUCAAACAAGAGCAGGCUCUGUUGCAGGCUUCGAACGACAUUUUCAACGUCACCAAGGUCAGUAGUAGGUUUUUUGACUUCAGCAAUAAAAUCAAUAGCGUCGCUUCGUGUGAUGGCGGGCGGAAGCUUUUGAUCGCCACUAACCUUGGGUUGUACAUCAGUGACACCAAACGGGAAGUGUCUCCUCACGGUCACGAGGCUACGACCUAUUUCGCCACGCCAGUUCGGAUACUUUACAAGAGCAUAAGCCAGGUUGCUGUGCUGGAGGAGUUUCAAUCGGUGUUGGUGUUGAUGGACAAAAAACUGUACAGUUGUCCGCUGGCGUUGCUGAAGGAACAAAAAGACGGCACUCAGUAUUUUAAGAAGCACGCGAAGGAACUUGUUAACCAUGUUAACUUCUUUUCAGAGGGUGAUUGCGACGGGAAACGCUUGGUGGUGACGGCACACAGUUCUUCUCACUCCAUCAAGUACUUCGAGCACGACCAUCCUAUGUUGGCAGAGGGCAAGAAAAACGUGAAGCGCAAGAUCAAUGAGAUUGUGUUUGAGUCAGAGCCCGUUUCCAUAUCUUUUCUCAAGACCAACUUGUGCAUCGGCUGCAAAAAGGGUUUCCAGAUCGUGUCGGUGUCACAGAACGUGCAUGAGCCGCUUCUGGAUCCUGCCGACACUUCUCUAGAGUUUGCUUUCAAAGACGUACUGAAGCCACUCUCGAUAUAUCGUGUGGGAGCGUCCAUGUUUCUGCUGUGCUAUUCGGAGUUUGCAUUUUUCGUGAAUAGUCAAGGCUGGCGUAAAAAGGAAUCCUACGUUAUUCACUGGGAGGGAGAGCCUCAGAAAUUUACCAUAUGGUACCCGUACAUUUUGGCCUUUGACGCCAACUUCAUUGAGAUUCGCAAGAUUGACACUGGUGAACUCGUGAGGUGUGUUUUGGGCGACAAAAUCCGUCUGUUGCAAGCCACGUCCCAGCAAAUUCUAUACGCCUACGAAGACGAAAACGGCUACGACACAGUGGUGUCUCUCGAUUUCUGGAGCAAGUAA